AUGGAUUUCGCGGCUUGCUCUCCACGAUAUGUCAAUACAAGCCCUAUGGCAACGAGCGCUGCGCGCCGAUGGGGCCUCGAUCAACUAUCAGUGCGCGGCAAGGUAGCUCUCGUAACGGGCGCCUCGUCCGGAAUCGGCCACGAUCUCGCGCUCUUCCUCGUGGCACGUGGAUGCCACGUGGUCGCCGCAGCUCGGCGCGUGGACCGCCUCGAUCAGCUGUGCGCGGAGGCGGAAAAAAUGCGACGAGAGGCGGAAAAUCUGCACGGAGAGGCGGAAGGCAUGUGCUGCGGAGAGGGUGAUAAUCGGGAAGCGGGGGAUUCUGGGGGAACCGAAUCGCGUGGUAUCGUGGGGAACGAGAUGCCGGGGCGCAUGCGCGCAGUCGCGAUGGACGUCGCGGCGGACGAGGCGGCGGUAGAUGUGGCGGUGCAGGCGGCGUGGGACGCGUUCGGGCGGAUUGACGUGCUGGUGAACAACGCGGGGUUCCGAGGGAAAAAGGUUGACGCGAUCGACAUUAGCCAAUCAGAAUUCGACACGUCAUUCCAUACCAACGUCCGAGGCGCUUGGCUCGUUUCCAAGGCUGUGGUUCGGCGCGUGCUGGGGCGGACUGGCGAGGGGGUGCGAGGGGGAGAGGGGAGGGAGAUGGGAAAGGGUGGCAGAGGAAAGGAGGAGAAGACUGAUCGGGCUCAUGAAGGGGGUAGUAACGGAGGCACCCGUACAAUUUUGAGUGUAAUCAACAUCGCAUCUACAGCCGGUAUUCCCGGGGCCAUUCUCCCCGGCGGGGCUGCUUACUCCUCCUCCAAGGCUGCUCUCAUGCGCCUCACUGUGGCCAUGGCGGUGGAGUUGGGGCAGCAUGGCAUUCGCUGCAACUGCAUCGCACCGGGGAUAUUCCUAUCCGAAAUCACCGAGAAGCUCUUAGACAAGCCGUGGAUGGAGAGGAAUGCACAGGUGGUGGUGCCAAUGCAGAGGUGGGGGAGCAUUCACCCUGACCUCACAUCGCUCCUGCUUCUCCUUGCGUCAGACGCCUCUUCCUACAUCACAGGGCAGUGCAUUGCCGUGGACGGGGGCCACCACUUAAUGCGGGCUAGAUUAAACCCAAAGCUGUGA